CCCAUCCCAUCGAAGGUUGUCAAGUAAGACCACGUCCAUCCAUUGGGAGAUCGACAGUGCAUGAAUCCAUUCUCUCGCGGCAACAGACGUUGCGGGGGCUGCCUCAUCCGGAAAAUAGGGCUUGGGGUGUGUUGUCUUUCUACCCUAUGCCCUACCUUCCUGAUCGAGACGCGGCUGACGCGUGGACCCUCGGCAUCCAUCGCCAUCGAACGCCGACAAGAGACCGGAUCGAAGCGCAAGACGAAGCAGCAAGUGGAAUCCAAGCAUCAGGGCCUCUUCUGCUGCCAUGAUUCUCCUAUCUGACCUCUCGUCCCGCCGGUUCUAAUUGGAAUUCGAGGCCGCGUCCACCGGAGGAGGUCCGCCCUCCGCUGCAACCAUGUAUCAUCUGGCCAAGUCGCUGUAUAUGUACGCUACCAGCAAGGAGGAAUACUCCGUUCUCCUCCUCGGUCUCGACAACGCAGGCAAAACCACCCUCCUCUCCCAAAUUAAAGCCCUCUACCAACCUCGAUCCGAUGGCACCCCCGCCCCCAACCCCGGUAAAACCGUCCCCACGGUCGGCCAAAACGUCGCGACCAUCUCCCUACCAGACAUGUACCUGAAGAUAUGGGAUGUGGGGGGACAAAUCACCAUGCGGAAUCUCUGGCAAAGCUACUACUCCAGCUGUCACGCCAUCAUCUUCGUCGUUGAUAGCGCCGACGUCGGCCAAGACCCAGACAUCACUCGGCUUCCUAGUCGACGACCGAGCUCUGCCUCCGGCCCGUCGAGCAACCAUCCCAGUGUGUUUACAGAGGAAAUGGUGGGGAUUAAUGCGCCCGGGAGCGACUUCGGUCGGCUGGACGAAUGUCGUCAGGUGCUGGAGUCUGUGUUACAGAAUGCUGAUGUGGCCGGGGUGCCGAUUCUGGUGCUUGCUAAUAAGCAGGAUCGGGAGGAUUCGGUGGAGGUUGUUCGUAUUAAGGAGGGGUUUGUGCGUAAGGUGUUUGAGGGGGAGACUGGGGCGGGGGUCCGCGAUAGUCGUGUCUUGCCGGUUAGUGCGUUGAUGGGAUCGGGUGUCCAGGAGGCGGUGGAAUGGGUGCAGACAAGAGUCAAGUGGAAUAAGGAGGGGAGGCCGCCGUUGAUGAAGUGAUGGGGGGUGGUGAUUCAGGUGAUGAGUAUAGAUCUGUGAGAAGUGUUGCGGGGAUUUUCCGCGCGUGCUUUAAGCUUUUGUUAUGAGGUUGUUUUCUGGCGUUAUGAGGUCUAUGUGAAUACUGGAAGAUACCUGAUUGUUGCAUUAAUUUGAUUUCCAUGUUAUUAUUGUUGCGGAUGAUACAUGACUGUAGAU